UUAAUAAGUACGAGUAAUUUCAAAUUCUCUUGUUGUGUUUGUGUUUCAACGGUACAGUAUUUUACAGUUGAUUAAUUUUAUGAACAAUGUUACGUUCAGUCAGAAGAAUGUGUGAUUUCUAAAUGGGCACGCGGGCAUUACUAGAAAGUGUCAAGUGAACUUGCGCUUCACGGCUCGCACUUAAAAUUAUGGAUACUUUAACUUGUCCUAUCAAGAAACGAAGGUUUGCUACGAAACGUGUUAUUCCCGGAACCUUAUCUACGUGCAAGAUAGCCACUGGUUCCCCGGGUUCCAGUCCAAGUUGUUCAACUGUAACCGGUGCGCGAGUCGCAGAAAGUGUAGGUACACCGAAAUCGGACGAAGGGUCAGAUAGUCCUGCCAGGAAACAUGUUGAGGCAAACCGUUUCUCACCAGAUGACGAUCUUCGUUUGCUGCCACAAGAGCUGUUUGUUGAAAGGGAUAUUUCGCAAGGUAAAGAACGCUUUCAGAUUGCUGCCAUUAACUGUGUGGAUACGGAAUCCCUGUCUCCAUUCACUUAUAUCACGGUGCGCCAUAUGGCCGCACAGCUGCGAGAUGUGGUAAAAGCCUCGACGGAAAAGUUUAAGACGUGCUGCAGCAAAGAUACCUGUUGGAACAAAUGUCACUACGAUACAUGCCCUUGUCGCUUAUAUUCCGGAGAAGGCAUCACUUACCAGAAUGACCUUCUUGUAUAUAAUAAAAUGGAGGCAUACGACAAUUCGACCAUGAUUAUUCGUGAAUGUGGAUCCGCCUGCUGCUGUCAAAAGAAAAAAUCGGUAUUUCGGUGCGGCAAUCGGGUUUUUGCUAAAAAAUCAAAGGUUCAAGUCGAAAUUUUUAAAACUGCCGAUCGUGGAUGGGGAGUGCGAACGAGAGAGGCACUGAGAGAAGGCCAAUACAUUGGCGAGUAUACCGGCAUCAUCGGUGAAGAAACCAAGCAAAGCGGUGAUUACAUCCUUAGUUUGGGACAGACCAUUGAUGGUGUUGAUAUGAGUGUUAAUGCUGAAAGCAAGGGCAAUUUUACCCGCUUCAUAAACCAUUCGUGUUUUCCGAAUCUGUUUAUGGCCAAAAUUGUUGGUGAUUGCUGGACUCCUGGCCUGCCGCAUUUGUGUCUUUUCACAGUCUGCGAUGUGGCUGCCAAUGAGGAAUUGUUACUCGAUUACGGGCCGGAUUACUGGGCGGCCAAGGGUGAGGAGGGCAUUGCGUGUCGAUGCGGAGAAAAAGACUGCAAAUAUGGUGGGUCUUUGGAUCAAAAGGAAAAUUCCGAUUAAUUCUUCGCAAGCGUUUAUGCUGAUCUCAAAAGGUUUACUUGUUUGUUGAAUUCUGUCGAAAUCUCAUUUGUUGGUGAUUUAAGUCUGAGGUGGCAGAUUUACUGAUUUCUGUUAAGAUGUGAUUUUACGUUUAUACUGGUGGUUGUUAACCAGUUAUUUUUGAUUUUGUAUUUUUUAUAGAAUCAUUUCGCCUGGAAAGGUGAAUUAAUAAUUGUUAAGAGUCUGAAAUUGUUAAAUAUUGAGGCGAUAUUGUAAGUUUUUCAUUUUUUCUUAUAUAAAUCCAACCCAGUUUCCAUAUGCCGGGAAUAACAAUAAAACGGUGGA